AUGAUUUACCGAUCCUUCUUUAUAUUUAUUGUGCUUAUUGGUUUAAGCAUCGUUAUAGCCAGAAAUGAUGUUAAAUUUCGUAAUGUGUAUCAAAAACGAUUUGCAAGAAACAAUGAUCACGCACGUAGUCUACAUGGACACAGGCAACAAGGCAUGCCAUGGAAUUCUGGUACGACAACAGCAGCUUCUGUGACACCGAGUUCACCCCCUUCAUCUGAACAAAUCGCGUGUCUUUCAGCAUGUCAACAGUGUGUUGAAGAACACCAGAUCGGAAGCAGAAUGAAGAAAGCAGACGAUAAUUGUGGUCCCAUGUGUGAUUGUGCCGACAGUUGCUUUCUUAUGCCAACCGUUGAGGUUGGUAAAGUUUAUGGACACAAUACAAAUAGUGAAUACGGAAAAGAAUGCUGGUGGAGAGUUUACAGUGAAAUGUUGAACAACGAUAUAUUAUCUAUGUCAUGA